AUGGGGAAUUUGCUUCUUCCGCCUUGUUGCUGUAGCGAGAACGGGGCCGGCCUGGUGGAGCGUGGACUGUCCAGCCAGGAUGCUCCCGGCCGGAAUGAGCUUGCGGUGUCCAUGCCGAGCAUGUCACCCUCCAUGCCCCAUUCCCAUGAUCCGACGGAGGAGGAGAACUCCGCCGUGUUCCUCGACGGCGGCCUGCGGUUUCUGGGCAAAUUCCAGGAUGGAAUGAAGACCGGCUACGGCAUCUUGGAGCGGCCUGAUGGCAGCCGCUAUGAAGGCGAAUUCCACGAGGACAAAGCGAGUUCCGCGGCGUGA